AUGCAGCGAACACGGGCAUGUGAGGCAGAUGGAGAGGAGAGCAGUGCUCCAUUAUGUAUAAAGACCUGCAGCGUCUUCUUCAGUCUUCAUUCGCUUUCAGCAUCAGCAAGCCUUUACAGUCGUUCAACUUCCGAAAUGCAUUCCCCAAUGAAGCUCGCCACUGUCGUCGUCCUUGCCCUUAGCGGCCUCGCAACUGCAUUUCCACAGUACGGCGAGACCACCACCACCACGCCAAAGGGUUACGGCGAGACAACCACCACCAAGAAGACAACCUCCAAGACAUCGGACACUUGCUCGUACAGUCCAACCACCAUCUCGUCGACCAUCAAGACUACCAAGUACGAGACAAAGACCAUCGCCACCAGCACACCCAAGGUCGGCUCAACCUGCAAGAACGAGGACCAAACCAAGACCAUCACCAAGACCCUCACCGUCAGCACCUCCAAGCCAACAACCGUCACCUCCACCUUCACAACCACCAAGGUCGUGACCAAGCCCGUCGACACCACCACCAAGAUCCCCACCACAUCCACCAGCUGGGUCAAGACUGUCAUCACCACUUCUUACUCCACCUUGGUUCCAGGCUACACCACCAGCACCAUCAAGGGUGAGACCAAGGUCACCGAGACCAUCACCAGCACCUCCAAGUACCCCGUCCAGGCACCAGUCUACGAGACCUCCACCAAGACUGAGCUCUCCACCAUCAAGGGCUCGACUUGCUACCCAACUACCAAGUACGAGGGUACUACCAAGUACAGUACGGUCACCAAGCCAACCAACUAUGUCACCAAGAUUGUCUCCUCUACCAAGGUUUGCGGUCCCAAGGGAUACUAA